GUCGCAAUGAAGGAUAUGGCUUCCCAAACUACCACAAAAACACCAGUCCACAAACAACAAUUAAAUUAAAUUAGGUGACAGUCUGAUAAGCGUUCCACACUCUUGCUUCUGCAUGACGCGCGACUGAUCCCUUUUUUUUAUAUAUAUCAUGUUGCAAGCAACGCAGACGCAAACUGUGAAUUAUCAAAGAGAACGUGAAGUCUCCUUGGCGCUUCCGUCCUUUCAGAAAGUGGGCGGCAGCAAUGUCGGAUCACGAAUGACAUGCGUGCAGAUUCUCGAUUAUUAUAUGGAAGGCAUUCGUUCCACCACCACCGAUUUGUUGGAUCUUGUACUGGAUGGAGGCAAUCUCGACAUUACCAUAUCCUUUUUUUACUGACAUUAGAGGCAAAAAGACGAUGAGCUCCUGUGCUUCUAUCCUUAACUUGGAAUGUCGCUUUUUCAAUACUUUAGCAACCGUAUUAAUGGACUUGAAUGUGAAAUCCACGACUGGAUGACCGUAUCGUUAAUACAGACUAUGCAAUACUGUGGAUUCAAGCUCAAGAAUAUGUGUCACAGCCAAACUGACCGCGAGUGUCAAUCAUUGAUCUUUUACGUUCCAAAGGCUUUCAUCACCACGCCCCUGUCGUAUUUGCUGGAAAGAUCAGUGCCGCAAGGUCGACUCAAAAGACUUCACAUCUAUCUGGACUGGGAGACAAAAAAUCUGCAGCCGUUGAGAAGUUUGAUGGAAUACCCAAAUGAAGAGCUGAUACAAUACGUUGACAAUGGAUUUUCCAUCAUAUUAUGUCAGCGCAUGAGUCAAAUGUACCCACUCAUCUUUUCCAAACUCUACGUUCAACGUUUGGCGACGUCGACGAAAUACAUUCCUACCAUGGCGCGAUCCCUGCAACGCAUUGCAGAUAUUGCAAAGACGAAAUCAGCCACUGAUUUUUACGCGGACACGCGGGAAAUGAUUGAUGCGAUUGCUUCUCGAACGCGGAUGUUGAAACCGGAAGAAGAUCCCGCCAACCCCGACUUCUUCUCGAAUACCGUCAUUGGAUUGUAUUGUGCUACCAAAAAUAUGUCCACGCUACGUCAAUGCGCCAAGGUAGAACAAAAAAAAAAACCACAAACCCACCCACCGGAAAUGGUUUGUGCUCAAUCAAUGAUACAGAGGCCUAAACCACCGGCACUUCAUACCUCUACACCGUCGAGCCCACCAGAUGCGCAUGAUACGGUGGCCAAUCUGUGGUCCGCUUUCCGCUGUGACGUGGAGCCAAUUCCAGAACUCUCAAAUUCUCAAGCGGAUGCCAGUGAAGACGAAGAGCUUAAUAUCGAUGACCCUUUUAUCCAUGACUUGUAAACUGUCGAGCAACCAUUGUAAAACAGUGCAGAACCUAAAAAAAA